AACCCCAGCAGCUGGCAGUCAGGCAAGGAAAACAGGUGAGCGGGCCAUUGAGUACUGGUGCUAUACUCCACCUCAGAAGGCAGAGGACUCAGCAUGUGUCCUGGGGAUAUGGCGGUGGCUGAAGAAGAAUAAAAUAGACCCUGAUUUCGGAACCUGAAGACCAAGGUUCAAGACCAGUUCCACUGCUUCUAGUUGUGGGGCCUUGGGUGGGUGCCCCGGGCCCUAGCUUACUUUUCUGUGAAAUGGGAACAAUGCCAGCCCUUCCUUGUGCCGGCCCUUGCAAGUGAGGACAUAAUGACCUGGGGGUUGUGAGAUGAUUUUAUCUACCACACCCUCAUUAAGGGCACCCGUUUCCAGAUUCUUCCAGGCCUCAGGGCUCCCAAGGCCUGAGUGGGUGGCACACAGGUGUAGACCCGUCUACGCGAGAGGCUGAGGAAGUAGCCAGCAUGAACUGGACAUUUCUGCAGGGCCUCCUGAGUGGUGUGAACAAGUAUUCCACGGCGCUGAGCCGCAUUUGGCUGUCGGUGGUGUUCGUCUUCCGCGUGCUGGUGUACGUGGUGGCCGCGGAGGACGUGUGGGAUGACGAGCAAAAGGACUUCGUCUGCAACACCCUCCAGCCGGGAUGCCCCAACGUCUGCUACGACCACUUCUUCCCCGUGUCCCACGUGCGCCUCUGGGCGCUGCAGCUCAUCCUGGUCACGUGCCCCUCGCUGCUGGUGGUCAUGCACGUGGCCUACCGCGAGGAGCGGGAGCGGAGGCACCAGAUGAAACACGGCCCCAACGCCCGCCCCCUGUACAGCAACCUGAACAAGAAGCGGGGCGGGCUCUGGUGGACAUACUUGCUGAGUCUCCUCUUCAAGGCCGCCGUGGACUUGGCCUUCCUCUACAUCUUCCACCGCCUCUACAAGGAUUACGACCUGCCCCGCGUGGUGCACUGCAGCAUAGACCCCUGUCCCCACACUGUGGACUGUUUCAUCUCCAGGCCCACGGAGAAGAAGAUCUUCACCUACUUCAUGGUGGGCACGGCUUCCAUCUGUAUCCUGCUCAACCUCUGUGAGGUCACCUACCUCGUGGGCAAGAGGUGCAUGGAGAUCCUGGGCCCCCGACGCCGGAAGGCUCGGCACCGGCAUCACCUACCAGAUACGUGCCCACCAUAUGUGGUCUCCCAGGGAGGGCAUGCCCAGGAUGGGAACUCUGUACUGAUGAAGGCUGGGUCGGCCUUAAUAGACGAAAGUGGGUAUCCAUAACCUUUGAGGUGGCAGGUAGGUUUCUCUAUGGAAAACAGGCAAGGGUAGAAGCCAGUAGGUAGAGUGACCAUCGGGUCUCAGGAAGCCACCGCUGCAGCCAGUGUGCAGUGGGAGGAGCAUGGUUCAGCUCCUGGCUCCGGAGCCUCAGGAGACUUGAUAGCUGGUGGGGACUUUGUAUGCGGCAACAGGGUACAUCAACCCCCCCAAUAAACAUGACUUUU